UCCCAUUCUCUCUUCUCUUCUGUGAGACUUUCACCUUUUCUUGCCGUACGAGCGUACUCUUCUUAGAGCCACUGAAGCCCCGCGUGCUUCUCUCGCCGCUACACACCCCUCUCAUCCCUCUCACGGUCCCGUUCCACCUCGUUCCACCCCUCGCAAUCCCCUCCUUUGCUUCCCUUCCCCCCGCCGCCCCCUCUUUUCCCCUCCACGUCAACGCCAUGGCCACCACCGCCGCCGGUCGCAUGCUGUCACGGCAGCUGCAGCAGAUGCAAUCCGACAAGGAUAUUCCGGGCAUCAGCUGCGGAUUGGUGGACAGCAACGUCUUCGAGUGGGAGGUGAUGCUCAUGAUCUCCGAUGAUGUCAAGCUUUACGGCGGCGGUUUCUUCCGCGCCCGACUCUCCUUCCCCCCGGAUUACCCACACAUGCCGCCGAAGAUGAAGUUCGAGACUCCUCUCUUCCACCCGAACAUCUACCCCAACGGCGACGUCUGCAUCUCCAUCCUCCACCCGCCAGAGGAGGACAAAUACGGCUACGAAUCCGCCGCCGAGCGCUGGUCCCCCGUGCAGACCCCCGAGACGAUCCUGCUCUCCGUCAUCUCCAUGCUGUCCAGCCCCAACGACGAGAGUCCCGCCAACGUCGAGGCGGCGCGGUUAUGGCGCGAGAAUCCCCAGGAAUUCAAGAAGCGGGUGCGCAAGUGCGUUCGCGAUAGCUUGGGCGAGGAGUAGACCUUGAUGGGAUGGUGGUUUCCCCCCUUGAGGUGGCAGAGAUUCUUUCGCAUUCGUGCAUCGCGCGGGCAGCGUUUGGCGCAGUUUAUGGGUACAUUUUCUUCUUCCGAAUUAUUUUUCAUGC